ACGCUGAUAGCGCUGAUGGGCGCAAGCGGAGCCGGCAAAAGUACGCUAAUGGCCGCCCUCGCCUACCGCACGCAACGUAAGUGUACCGCCAUCCAAGGAGACAUCCUAGUCAAUGGCCAUCCGAUUGGACCGUACAUGUACCGGCUUAGCGGUUUCGUCCACCAGGACGACCUGUUCGUUGGCUCGCUGACGGUGCACGAGCACCUGUACUUCAUGGCCAAGCUGAAGCUCAAUCCGCACGUCACCCACCAGGCCAUCAAGCAGAUGAUACAGGACAUACUCGAACGGAUCGGACUGGCCAGGUGCAGCCAGACGCGGAUAGGCGAGGAUGGGGACGGUAAAAUGCUCUCCGGUGGAGAGAAGAAGCGGCUCGCCUUCGCCACGGAACUGCUAACCAAACCUACCAUACUGUUCUGCGACGAGCCAACGACGGGACUGGACUCUUUCAGUGCGCAGGCGCUAGUUUCAACCCUGCAGCAGCUGGCCAAGCGUGGCACCGCCGUUAUUUGCACCAUUCACCAGCCCUCCAGCCAGCUCUUCUCGAUGUUCGACCAGGUGAUGCUGCUUACCGAGGGUCGCGUAGCGUACGCUGGUAAGCCGAACGAUGCGCUACAGUUUUUCUCCCAACACGGCUACACCUGCCCGGCCAACUACAACCCGGCAGAGUUUUUGAUCAGCGUACUGGCGACGGCCCCAGGCUUCGAGAAGUCGUCCCAGCGCGCUGCUCAUCGACUGUGCGAUCUGUUUGCGGUCAGCGAAGCCGCCAGCCAGCGCGACGUGCUCAUCAACCUGGAGGUGCAUAUGGCCGAGAGCGGCAAGUUUUGCAUCACCAACGAGCAAAACCGAUACGGACGCUCGCACUGGUUCCACACAACCCUGUGGCUUACAUACCGCUCGUUUCUGACCGUCGUGCGCGACCCAACUGUACAAUAUUUGCGGCUAUUGCAGAAGAUUGCUAUAGCGUUCAUGGCGGGACUUUGCUUUUCCGGUGCAAUAGACACAACGCAGCUCGGCGUGCAAGCCGUGCAGGGCAUGCUCUUCAUCCUCAUAUCGGAAAACACCUUUACACCAAUGUACUCAGUGCUGUCCGUGUUUCCCUCGACCUUUCCGCUGUUCAUGCGCGAAACCAAGAAUGGGCUCUACCGCACGUCGCAGUACUAUGUCGCAAACGCAGUCGCCAUGCUACCGGGGCUCAUACUGGAGCCAUUGGUGUUUGUCCUCAUCGCGUACUGGUUGGCCGAGCUGCGCCCAACGCUGUAUGCCUUCCUGGUGACUGCGCUGUCUAUCGUGCUGGUGAUGAACAUUUCCACUGCCUGCGGAUGUUUCUUCUCCGCCGCCUUCAACUCGUUGCCACGAGCGAUGGCCUAUCUCGUACCGUUCGAUUACAUACUCAUGAUCACAUCGGGUGUCUUCAUCCAUCUGAGCGCGAUGCCACUUGCCAUCCGUUGGUUACCAUACAUCUCCUGGAUGAUGUACGCCAACGAGGCGAUGUCCAUUGUACAAUGGGAUGGGGUGGCGAAUCUGACCUGUUCCGCCGAGAACCUAGAACUGCCUUGUCUGAAAUCAGGCACUGAGGUCCUAGAGCACUACAGCUUCGAUGCUGCACACUUAUGGGCAGAUUUUUGUGCAAUGAUUUUACUCUACUUUUGCUUCCACGUGCUGGGAUACGUAUUUCUUCGGCGCAAAACUAAAUGUUAGGCAAUGGACGG